AUGAGUACCACAACUAAAUUGGAUAAAGAGAAAUCAGGUAAAUUCAUUUAUAUUGCAAUGUAUCGAGGUAUGAUCGGUUCACUCCUUUACCUUACCACUAGUAGACCCGAUAUUAUGUUUAGUAUUUGCUUCUGUGCUUGUUUUCAAGUUUGUCCUAAGGAGUCCCAUUCGCAUGCCGUCAAGCGUAUCUUUAAAUAUUUGCAUGGCACUUUGAACCUAGGAAUUUGGUACCCUAAAAAUGUGAACCCUCGAUUACUUGGCUACUUCGACGCUGACUAUGCAAGUUGUCUUUUAGAUCGUAAAAGUACAUCUGAGACUUGCCAAUUUUUGGGUCAUAGUUUGAUCUCAUGGAGUAGCAAGAAACAAGUAUCUAUGGCCUUGUCAACCACGGAGGCCAAAUAUCAACCUGUGGAUUAUGGCCUUGCACUUAGUCACAUUCCCAUCAAAUGUGACAGAGAUGUUGUAGUCGAAUUCAUCGAUACAACUAACCAAUUUGCGCAUAUUUUUACCAAGCCUCUUAAUGAAGAUCAUAUGAAUUUUAUCAUUAGAGAGCUUGAUAUGCUUGACGGGAGCAUUUUAUCUUGA